CGUAGUUUUCACAUUAGAUCAUAUUCUGUUUUCGGAUAUCCGACCUUGAAAUUCCCCGACCCCUUGCAGCCGGAGGAUUCAGCUUUGCCCCACAUUUUUAGUCAACCACCAACAUAGUUGUGGAUGACCGGACCAUCCGUAUUGUUGAGGUUACGUAUCAUGGAAGGACGGAGGUCAAACGGACCAGUUGCGCUAUAAGGAUUGUGUAAAAUUUUGAAUACCUACGCGUCGGUAAAAUGCUUGCAAAACCGUUUUAUCAUCUGAGAUUUCCUCCUAUAAUAGUGAGCCCCUAUUCUGGCCAUGGCAUCUCAACUUUCCCGUCUUUCAAAAAGAACCUCCAUCCACUCUACAUCUUUAGCAGCUUAUAGAUUGCAUGCUGCAGCUCUCACGUCAACAUCAGAUACCAACACAACGAGUAUAAAGCCGUCGUCUGGCACUUCUCUUCCUUGUUGCUCUUUGACAACGAGUACUGCAACCCUUAAAAGCAAACCAGUUGGGCUACAAUCAGUUGCAAAAGUCUCACGAGGACUCACUCUUCAAGCUUCCAAGAUGUCUACCAUGUCAGCUUCCCACGGGCAUAAUGAGGCUUGCUGCAACAUUCCUCCUGUUGUCUCUGAAGGCUACGUCGCAAAGGGCUCAUAUCAUGAACUCGGGGACUACAAGACUUACGUUACUGGCCCAGCCGAUGCUGAAAAGGGUAUCAUAGUUAUCUAUGACAUCUUCGGUUACUUUGACCAGACACUUCAAGGCGCCGAUAUCUUAGCCACAGGCAAGAAGUCACAACGGCACAAGGUCUUCAUUCCCGAUUGGUUCAAGGGCAAGCCAUGCCCAAUCGAGUGGUUCCCUCCGGAUACUGAGGAGAAACAGAAGAGCGUUGGUGGAUUCUUCAGCGACCCCGAGCAUGCGCCGCAGACAGUCGCUGCCAAGUUGCCAGAGUAUUUCAAAGCCGUGCAGGCUUCGAACCCCUCAAUCAAAUCCUGGGGUAUCUUGGGUUACUGCUGGGGAGGUAAAGUCGCAUCGCUAAUAACAUCGGGCGACUCGAACCUUUUCCAGAUUGCGGCCGCCGUCCACCCAGCGAUGGUGGAUGCUGCGGAGGCUGGCGGCAUCAAAGUACCGUUCAUUUUGCUGGCGUCAGGCGAAGAGCCUGCCGAGACAAUCAAGGAGUUUGAGAGCAAGCUGAAAGUGCCUAACCACGUGGAAACAUUUGCUGACCAGGUCCACGGCUUUAUGGCAGCACGCGCUGACCUGUCUAACCCGCGGGUUAAAGAGGAGUACACCCGGGGCUACCAAACGGUACUCGACUUCUUUGGUAAGAACUGGUCAUGACUACCUAACAGGACUGGACGCCUGAGCGGGAUUAGAAACUUAUGGAGAAAAGCCUUGCUUUGAAUACCUAGGUAGAUAUAGGCAAUAUCUAGGAGCGAUGUAAAUGAACACUAUUACUAGUCUGUUAAUCGUGAGAUGUUAAGUUGGUGUUGUGAAGAAUUGAAAGUUCAUAUUUACCUAGUGAAAGAGGAAAAGGGGGAGGGUGAU